AUGGCCAGAUGGCUUUUGAAGAUCUUCCUGGAUGGAGACUCCACACCCUCCAUGCAUAUGGAUGAGUUUGAGGUGGAUCUGUACCAAAAUGAGUCAGCCUGCCAGACCCCACUGGACCGGCAGUACCAUGAGGAGAUCAUGAAACUGGAGAAGGCCGGAGGUCGGAAGAACUGUCGCAUCUUCACCUACACUGAUCAUGACCGGUUCACCAAUCUAGAGGAGCACUGUCAGAAGGUAACUGACUCAGACCAUGAGGUUCCAUCAUACCUGGCAGAGAGGAUGGCGAAUGUGAGGAGGAGAAGACAAGACCGUAGGCUGAUAGAAGCAAGUUCUCUGAAGUCAAAAGUCAUCACCUGGGAACCCUCAGAAGAAUUUAUAAAGAACAACCAUGUGAUUAACACUCCUGUCCAGACCAUGUACAUCAUGGGGGAUUUGGGACCUUAUGGGAAGCUUGGUCACAGGGAGUAUGAACAUGUUCUUUGCACGGUCAAGGUGGAUGGCAAUGGGGUGAUCACAGUGAAACCUGACUUCACUGACACUGCCUACUGGAUCGAGCUGGAUGGAGAGAAGCGGGAGGUGUGGAAAUACACCAUUGAGAAUGCAUCUGUCCAGGUGCAGCCAGAGGAGGAGGAACGUGAGCAGCGCGUGUUCAGAGACCUGUACGGGCGGCACAAGGAAUAUCUCAGUGGCCUCGUGGGCUCAGAAUUUGAAAUGACUCUUCCUGGCUCACUGCGGCUCUUUGUGAAUGGAGAAAUAGUUUCAGCUCAAGGAUAUGAGUAUGACAACCUCUAUGUUCAUUUCUUCCUGGAGCUGCCUAAGCAAUGGUCAAGCCCUGCAUUCCAGCAACUAUCAGGAGUGACACAGACCUGUGCCACCAAGACAGUGGGCUGGGAAAAUGUGGCAUAUUUCUGCUACCUCUUCACUUUGGAGAUGUUUUUCACCCAGGGAGAUGAAUCAGAAGACAGUCUCCCACAGUGGCCUGUUCUUUACUUUGAGGUCCUUUCCAUGGAUUUCUGGCAGAGGUACCGUGUUGAAGGAUACGGUUCCUUGGUGCUGCCAGCAUCUCCAGGUCUCCACGUGCUCACCAUUCCCACCUGGCGUCCUGUGGAGCUGGGGACAGUUGCUGAGCUGAGGAGAUUUUUCAUUGGGGGAUCUCCUGAGCUGGAGGAUGUAACCUACAGCAGGAUACCAUCAACCUUCAAGGGAGAGCGUCUGAGCCGCCUCGGUUUCCGCACAGAGACCACGGGGAGCGUCACGUUCCGGCUGUGCUGCCUGCAGCAGUCCAAAGCCUUCCUGGAGACCAGUGCCCUGAGGCAGUGCAUGCAGAGCGUGCUGGACCGGCUUGGAGGCUUCAGCCAGCAGAGCUGUGUCUCCAACGUUUUGGAGGCUUUCCAGAGGGCACGGCGCCGGAUGCAGGAGGCACGUCAGAGCCUUCCCCAGGACCUCAUCAGUCCCUCUGCCUCCACCGGGCACCAGGAGCCAUGA